AUGUCUCUCUCUCCUCCGCUCACCUCCGCAUGUCAACAACAUCACACAAUGAUUGAGCUCAAGCCCAUUUUCAGAAAAGCCUAUUGGUCUCUGGCUGCCGGUGGUCUUCUAUAUGUGCUAUUUAUCUGCGCUUUGACUUUCCCAGAGGUCCAGCGUUUUUGCCUCUAUGCCAAUAAGAUCAACCCAGCUUUGUGGCAGGAUGUGAACCUUGUCGAGCAAUUUGGGUUUCUAAGGACUCAAGUCCAGCCUUUCAAUUUGGUGACACCUGAUAACGAAACCAUCUACGGGUGGCACUUGAUUCCCUUGCAUCUUUGCCGGGAGCAUGAAGAGGUACUGAUGGACAAUGCUGCAACAGGUCCAGCAGAGGACUAUACCCUGACUACUGCCUUUAAACUCCUUGCCAAUGAUCCCAAUGCACGAGUUGUUGUGAACUUCCACGGCAAUGCGGCUCAUCUGGGAUCUGCUCAACGUCCUGCUACCUACAAUACAAUGCUCAGUCUCUCUACUCCUUCCAACCCAGUUCAUGUCUUCACCAUUGACUACCGUGGAUUUGGCGUGAGCACUGGCAGUCCCACAGAAGAGGGCCUCAUCACAGAUGCUGUGUCUCUGAUUAACUUCCUUACAGCAGGGCCAUUGAAGAUUCCAACUUCCCGCAUAGUUCUUACGGGCCAGAGUCUCGGAACUGCUGUUACAGCUGCAGUCGCUGAACGCUUUGCUUUUGGAUCUCCUGACCCUAAAGCUAUUCAGCCAGCCAUCCAGAAUGCCGAGCCUUUCGCAGGCAUUGUUCUUCUGGCAUCAUUUGGUAGCUUGACUAGCGUCAUUGAAAAUUACAGCCUUAAGGGUAUGACACCUCCAAUGCUGUCCCCUCUCAUGGGAUACCCUCGCUUCCAGAGAUGGGUGUUGAGUCAUAUUGUGGACCACUGGGAUACAGUUGGAAGAGUAGCUCGCCUCACUGGUAUUGAACCAGCAGAGGCGGACGCUUCGGGUCUUCAGUAUACCGACAAGAGUCUCGAUCUCACAAUCGUACAUGCAAUGGAUGAUGUCGAAAUCCCCUGGUAUGAAGGACGUCGUGUCUGGCAGGCCGCCACAGGUGAAAAUACCCCAGGUGCUCCUGGUGGCUUGAUAUAUUCUAAGCGUGAAGCAAGUAACCCAAGCGAAAUCAAGGUGUGGAGGAAUCAACUUGGCACUGAAGUUACGAAAACUGUUAGAUGGGAGCGGGUCGGUCACGGCGGUCAUAACCGUGUUGCAUCAUUUUCAGUGGCUGGCCUCGCCGUACUGAGGGCUUUUGAGGGUUGA